CCCCCCCCCCCCCCCACCCCCCCCCCCCCCCACCCCCCCCCCCCCCCACCCCCCCCCCCCCCCACCCCCCCCCCCCCCCACCCCCCCCCCCCCCCACCCCCCCCCCCCCCCACCCCCCCCCCCCCCCACCCCCCCCCCCCCCCACCCCCCCCCCCCCCCACCCCCCCCCCCCCCCACCCCCCCCCCCCCCCACCCCCCCCCCCCCCCACCCCCCCCCCCCCCCACCCCCCCCCCCCCCCACCCCCCCCCCCCCCCACCCCCCCCCCCCCCCACCCCCCCCCCCCCCCACCCCCCCCCCCCCCCACCCCCCCCCCCCCCCACCCCCCCCCCCCCCCACCCCCCCCCCCCCCCACCCCCCCCCCCCCCCACCCCCCCCCCCCCCCACCCCCCCCCCCCCCCACCCCCCCCCCCCCCCACCCCCCCCCCCCCCCACCCCCCCCCCCCCCCACCCCCCCCCCCCCCCACCCCCCCCCCCCCCCACCCCCCCCCCCCCCCACCCCCCCCCCCCCCCACCCCCCCCCCCCCCCACCCCCCCCCCCCCCCACCCCCCCCCCCCCCCACCCCCCCCCCCCCCCACCCCCCCCCCCCCCCACCCCCCCCCCCCCCCACCCCCCCCCCCCCCCACCCCCCCCCCCCCCCACCCCCCCCCCCCCCCACCCCCCCCCCCCCCCACCCCCCCCCCCCCCCACCCCCCCCCCCCCCCACCCCCCCCCCCCCCCACCCCCCCCCCCCCCCACCCCCCCCCCCCCCCACCCCCCCCCCCCCCCACCCCCCCCCCCCCCCACCCCCCCCCCCCCCCACCCCCCCCCCCCCCCACCCCCCCCCCCCCCCACCCCCCCCCCCCCCCACCCCCCCCCCCCCCCACCCCCCCCCCCCCCCACCCCCCCCCCCCCCCACCCCCCCCCCCCCCCACCCCCCCCCCCCCCCACCCCCCCCCCCCCCCACCCCCCCCCCCCCCCACCCCCCCCCCCCCCCACCCCCCCCCCCCCCCACCCCCCCCCCCCCCCACCCCCCCCCCCCCCCACCCCCCCCCCCCCCCACCCCCCCCCCCCCCCACCCCCCCCCCCCCCCACCCCCCCCCCCCCCCACCCCCCCCCCCCCCCACCCCCCCCCCCCCCCACCCCCCCCCCCCCCCACCCCCCCCCCCCCCCACCCCCCCACCCCCCCCCCCCCCCACCCCCCCCCCCCCCCACCCCCCCCCCCCCCCACCCCCCCCCCCCCCCACCCCCCCCCCCCCCCACCCCCCCCCCCCCCCACCCCCCCCCCCCCCCACCCCCCCCCCCCCCCACCCCCCCCCCCCCCCACCCCCCCCCCCCCCCACCCCCCCCCCCCCCCACCCCCCCCCCCCCCCACCCCCCCCCCCCCCCACCCCCCCCCCCCCCCACCCCCCCCCCCCCCCACCCCCCCCCCCCCCCACCCCCCCCCCCCCCCACCCCCCCCCCCCCCCACCCCCCCCCCCCCCCACCCCCCCCCCCCCCCACCCCCCCCCCCCCCCACCCCCCCCCCCCCCCACCCCCCCCCCCCCCCACCCCCCCCCCCCCCCACCCCCCCCCCCCCCCACCCCCCCCCCCCCCCACCCCCCCCCCCCCCCACCCCCCCCCCCCCCCACCCCCCCCCCCCCCCACCCCCCCCCCCCCCCACCCCCCCCCCCCCCCACCCCCCCCCCCCCCCACCCCCCCCCCCCCCCACCCCCCCCCCCCCCCACCCCCCCCCCCCCCCACCCCCCCCCCCCCCCACCCCCCCCCCCCCCCACCCCCCCCCCCCCCCACCCCCCCC